AGUUCACGUAUACUUCUUCAAUCAUCCAUAAUCCUAACAAAUUGGUAUCAGAGCCUCCACUAGGCCUGAAAUUCAAAGCAGCAGACUUUGAAAUCCUUUGCAGCAGCAUAGCAAGAUGACUACAGAGGGAAGUUUUGUCCAGCCAACUAUUCCAAGAUUCAAUGGUCAUUAUGACCAUUGGAGCAUGUUAAUGGAAAAUUUCCUUCGAUCCAAGGAAAUGUGGGAACUGGUGGAGAUUGGAUAUACUGAGGCAAGUGGAUCAAUGCAAACUGAUGGACAACAAAAGAAGAACGAUGAGAUGAAGCUGAAAGAUUUGAAAGUAAAAAAUUAUCUCUUUCAGAUAAUUGAUCGAACAGUUCUUGAUACUAUUCUCAAGAAAGAUACUGCCAAAAAUAUAUGGGAUGCAAUGAAGAAGAAAUUCGAAGGAAAUGCAAGGGUUAAGAGAUCUCACCUUCAAGCUCUCCGCAGAGAGUUUGAAACACUUGAAAUGAGGUCUGGUGAAGGAGUGACAGAGUAUUUCUUUAGAGUCAUGACAGUGGCCAAUAAAAUGAGAAUUUAUGGAGAAGACAUGCAGGAUGUUAAAGUAGUGGAGAAGAUUUUACGUUCGUUGACUGAGAAAUUCAACUAUGUUGUAUGUUCUAUUGAAGAGUCAAAGGACAUUGAUGCUCUCACUGUUGAUGAAUUACAGAGUUCAUUAAUCGUCCAUGAGCAGAAAUUUGUGAGACAUAAGAGUGAGGAACAAGCUCUGAAGGUAACAUAUGAAGGAGGUAGAGGUCGUGGUCGAAUUUCCUAUCAAGGAAGAGGAAGAGGCAGAGGACGAACAGACUUCAAUAAAGCAACAAUUCAAUGUUACAGAUGUCAUUGACUUGGACAUUUCCAAUAUGAAUGUCCCACUGUGAACAAAGAAUCAUUUUAUGCAGAGCUUGAUGAGGAGGAGGAAAUGCUUUUGAUGGCUUAUGUGGAGAAACAUCAAGCCAGAAGAGAAGAUGCAUGGUUUCUUGAUUCAGGAUGUUCUAACCACAUGUGUGGUUAUAAAGCCAUGUUCAAUGAUCUCAACUUAGAAUUUCGACAUUCUGUGAAGUUGGGGAAUAACACAAGGAUGAAUGUAAUGGGUAAAGGAAGUGUGAAGAUACUGCUGACUGGAAUCAAUCAUGUUAUUGCUGAAGUAUAUUAUGUCCCCGAUUUGAGAAAUAACCUCCUGAGCAUAGGCCAGUUGCAAGAAAGAGGGUUAGAUAUCUUAUUCAAAGGUGGAACCUGCAAGAUAUUCCAUCCAAAAAGGGGAUUAAUAAUUCAAACCACCAUGAGCAUAAAUCGGAUGUUCAUUUUGUUGCCUGAUUCCCAAUCUUCUUCUCAAGAACAAGCUGAUCAAUGCUUCCACACAGGAACACAAAAUUUGUGCCAUCUUUGGCAUCGAAGGUAUGGACAUUUGAGUUACAAAGGCUUAAGAACUCUAUCAUACAGGAACAUGGUGCGUGGUCUUCCUCAACUAUCAACCUCAAAUGUCACCUGCAUUGAUUGCUUAAAAGGGAAGCAACACCGUGAUCCCAUUCCAAAGAAAAGCACCUGGAGAGCAUCUCAGAAACUGGAACUCAUUCAUGCUAAUAUCUGUGGGCCGAUCACCCCUACAUCCAACAGCAACAAGAGGUAUAUUCUGCUAUUUACAGAUGACUAUAGUAGGAAAACCUGGGUAUAUUUUCUGGUAGAGAAGUCAGAGGCCUUCAGUUCAUUUAAAAGCUUUAAGUCCAUGGCUGAAAAACAAACAGGUUUGUUUGUUAAAUGUCUUCGCACUGACAGAGGAGGAGAAUUCAUUUCCAAUGAAUUCAACGAAUUUUGCAAACACAAUGGGAUUAAGAGGCAGAUGACAACUGCCUAUACCCCGCAACAAAACGGUAUAGCGGAGAGGAAGAACAGAACCGUAAUGAACAUGGUUCGAUCCAUGUUAUCUGACAAAAACAUUCCCAAAACCUUCUGGGCAGAGGCUGUAAACUGGGCUGUUUAUGUUCUUAACAGGUGCCCCACGUUGGCAGUAAGGGAUGUUACACCAAAGGAAGCUUGGAGUGAGAUGAAACCCUCGGUAGAUCAUUUUAGGGUUUUUGGUUGCAGAGCACACGUUCAUGUUCCAGAAGAAAGAAGAACAAAGCUUGACAACAGAAGCAUUACUUGCGUAUUAUUGGGGGUUAGUGAGGAGUCAAAAGGUUACAGACUCUUUGAUCCUGCUGCAAAGAAAAUUAUCGUGAGUAGAGAC